UUUAUCCUCAUUUAUACAUUUAUUAUUGGCAUAUUUUAAAUAAAUAAUGGUUAAGUGCCCAACAUUUACAUUAUGACAGGAAAAAAACAAUAAAUUAAAAACAAUAAGUCACCAAAGAGGCCACCUGGUUUGCAAGACUUGAAUAUAAAUGUACAUGACACUGUCAUGGAGUAGAGGUCAUUUUGAUGUCACCAGACUUCACUGAAAAUACAGCAUUUUAAUCAGGCAGUAAACUAAACAGCUAUGAUACACUGUGAGAGGACAGGAGAGAACACAAACACAACAGAAGAGGUGACUGUAGAGAAGGAGGACAGCCGACAAAGGCCUGGUUAUGUCGGGGUUAAUAUUUAGCCUGAGGUCGGUCAGCAGCUCAUGGCCCUGCAGCCGUCUGUUCGGGCUGAGCGGUCUGCUGUUACCUCCACUCUCCAGGAACAACUCCUCCAAAAUGGUGAGUGCAGCCGAGACAAAUUAGUCUUUUAGUGUUCGCAUUCAUAAGCAUCUUAUCUGCGGUCAAGUAUGUGUGAACGUAAUCCCACGUGAAGAGCGACGGCUGUGUAAACUCGUUGCCUCUCAAACACGCCGCUUUCGCGGGUGACGCGCAGGCGUAAAAAGGAUCGUGCGCCAAACCUCUUUGGAAAAACGGAGAAUUAUAAGUUUAAUUGUUAUCUGGAAACAAAUACACUCAAUAAGCAUCAUUUUAAAUGUAUUCUAAGACAUUUAGUGCAGCUGCUUAAUUCGGCGUGUACAGUUUGACUGAAAAAUCCUUCCUGUUUAUAUUUAGUCGUUUGAGACUUUAGUUUUGUAAAUAUAAAGCGAAAAUAAAGACAGAAAAUUGCUGCACUCGGGUUGUUGAGAUACUAAAUUGGUGUUUUGUGGACUGUAUUUUUAUUAUAUACCACUGUUACCUCACGUUUGAGUUUGUAAGAAUAUUUAAAAUAGAUUCAUGCAGAAUUAAAAUAUGAUGUUUUUGAACGAACCACCGGAGGCUGUGAGCUCCAAUAUUAAAAGUUCAGUUUACUGACAUAAUUUAAAAGUUUGUGUGUACCUGAAGGUAACUUAGUAUGACUAUGACCAAACUAAACAGUACAUGGUCUAGUACCUCGAGUGGGUUCUAGGCUGCCACCCUGUGGACACAGCAAAUGUAACACUUUUACUGUGCUUCUCCAAAGGCAGUACAAACACAUUGUAUGGGGGUAAAUCUGUGCCAUCUGAUUCUGAAUUUGAAUUUUUAAAGCUGAAUUUUUUUUGCAUCAAAAUCAGACUAUGAAUUUCAAAAACGCAUUUUUAUUUCUGACUAUUUUUUUCACAAUGAUGGAAUAAAUUCUGUGAAAAAAAUUGGUUUCUCAAAAUAUUGGUUUAGUGAAAAUUGACUUAAAAACUGUGUAAAAAAAAAUGCAGCAUAAAUUUAUUCCAUUAUUGUAAUAAAAAUUACUGUCAGAAAUAAAAAUACAUGGUUGAAAUUCGAUGGUUUUGAAAUUCAAAGUCUGAUUUUAAUGCAAAAAAUAUUCAGCUUUAAAAAUUCAAAAUUAGAUGGCACCAAUUGACUUCCAUAAUGUUGAGUCUGUCUCUUUUACGUUGAUUUUUUUACACUGAAUUAUUUGACACUGAUUUUUUUUUUGUUUAAUUUUUUUUAGUUUAUCAAGUCGAAUUUUCACCAAACAAAUAUUUUGAGAAAUUUUUUUUUUUACACUGAAUUUACUCCAUCAUUGUGAAAAAAAUUACAGUCAGAAAUAAAAGUACAUGCUUGAAGUUCGAUGGUUUUGAAAUUCAAAGUCUGAUUUUGAUGCAAAAAAAAAAUCAGCUUUAGAAAUUCUAAUUCAAAAUCAGAUGGCACAGAUUUACUUCCAUAAUGAUGAGUCUGUCUCUUUGACACUGAAUUUUUUUACACUGAAUUAUUUGACACUGAAUUUUUUUUUCACACAGUUUCUUAAGUCGAAUUUUUACUAAACGAAUAUUUUUAGAAGACAUUUUUAUUACACCGAUUUUAUUCCAUCAAAAAUUAAAAAAAAUAUUCCGUCAAAAAUAAAAAUGCGUGCUUGAAAUUGGAUGGUUUUUAAAUUCAAAGUCUGAGUUUGAUGCAAAAAAAUCAGCUUUAGAAAUUCAAAUUCAAAACCAGAUGGCACAGAUUGACUUCCAUACAAUGAAACCAAAUAGAUCUCGGGUUUCUUUAAAAAUGAGGGAAUAAACACCUUAAACCAAAUGACAUCUCAAAUAGCUGAUGGAGCACAGCCAAGAAAAUGAAGUGAAGAAAAUAAAGUAUUGUGAAUUAAGUUUCGUGGGUCUCUAGUCCUCAGAUGCUCACUGGCUUUCUACUGCAGACCGGGAACAGAUGUUGAUGGAGCUAAGGGCCACCGGCUGGGUGGAGGUGGAGGACCGUGAUGCCAUCUUUAAAGAGCUUCACUUCAAAACCUUUAAUCAGGUAUCUGCAUGUUUAUUAUGUUUUUAAAAAGUCUAAUAUCUUUGUUAUAGAUGGGCUGAAGGAAUGAAAAGGCCGUGAAAAUAAUCUGUACAGCUAGUUUGAGUGUGUUUCCCAGUCAGAUGACAUCUGUUUCUGUCUUUGCAUUUCACUUAAGUUGUUUUUAAUCCCACACGGCUGGUCAAGUCUUUGUGGAAACCCUCUCUGUUUUUCUGUAGAAAUGUGUUUCUGCUCUCCGCCGUGGUCUUCAGGGGGCUGUUGUGUGCUGACUGGAGGUUUAUUUGAUCGGGAUCAGAAAGCAGACCACCAGACACACACAGCCAUUUCUCUAACCAUCGGAAACACACGGAUUCAUCUGUGUUUAUUUGCUGAUUGGUUGCAGGUGUAGCAGAGGGCAGGUUCCUCUUUCCUUUCAGUGGUUUUCGUUUGGCUCGAGGGUUUCAUUCAUGCUUUCCAGGAGUGUCCGGCUCUGGCGAACGCUGAAAGACGACCUUAUCACUGAUCAAUUGAACUUUAAUUUUGACAAAGCGCUGUGAGCAAAAAAUAAUAGUCUCACAUUUUUUCAAAACAGUAUAAAUUGACUUACUAAAUAAGUCAAUCUGGAUUAGUUCUUCCUCCACAUAAUUUAGUACUGAUGCUGGUCCAACACCUACUAUAUGACGUUAAAUCAGCAUUUUCUUAAAUAUCGUCUUUAAAGCUCCUGUCAGGAGUUUUUUGACAUGUGUGAAACAGAAUAAAAUUCAUAUUGAUGCCUUUUCAUGACAUAUUAAAACAAACCAGACCAUCACUGACAAGACUGAUUGUCUUGAAGCUGUAAUUUGGAUCACCUGAAACCUGGAACAUUUCAAACAUUCAUAAUAAAUGAUCAAAUUGAUUGUCAAAAGUCAGAAAAAUAAAUAUUUGACAGAAGACGCGAUCUAAGCAUGUGGAGGACACGACAGGCAGAGACGGCUCUGUUCACCCAAAAUUGGACAUGAACCAAAAGUCGUCACAGGAGCUUUAAGAGGUAAAAUACUGGAAAGUUAUCUAAUAACAGAAUGAAGUUACUCCAAUAGACGAAAAGCAGAGUUCAUUUUGACCUCAAAACUUAAAAAAAAAAGUUAGUUAUUUAUCACUAAAGAUUCAAACAGGUUAAAGCUCCUGUGAGGAAUUUUUGGUUUGUAUCAGGUUUGGCGCCCUCUUGUGGACAGAGCAGUCUUUGCUAAUCUUGGCUGCUGCAUGACAGAUUAAUGACAACAAUCUCCUCCUGCUGACUUCUGACAGAAAAACUUCAUUUAUUGUAAAUAUUGUGAAUCAUAAAAACCAGGCUUUCUCAUUGGCUGCCAGGCUUGGAACGACCAUCUCGCACCCGUUUCAUAAAAAUGAGGAUAAACAAAUCUUAAGUCUGAUUUGCUUUUAAACAUCAUUAAAAGACGUCGACAUGAAUUUCAGUCUUUGUCAUAGACGUCAGAAAACUCCUCAGAGGAGCUUUAAGUAUGUUUUAUGAGGCUUUUAGUUUUUGUUUUAUAUUAAUAAAGUUUAAUCAAACAAAUAUAAUCUGGUACUAGAAUUUCUAAAACGGACCAAAUGUAGAAACAAAAUCCAUUGAAUUACUUGACACAAAAUUGUGUUUAAAAAAUGUCUAUCAUGGUUCAGCAACAGGCAGUCCAACUGUUGUAUAUACCGUGAAGAAAAAGUAACCCCAUGAAGAGUUUAUUUUACAUAAAUAGACUGAAAUUCACUAAGGAUAUCCAAAAGCAAACAAGACCUUCAGCAGAAAGAUUUACAGUCUGAAUAUUUAAUUUUUAAUGCCUGAAUCUGAUGAAACGGGGGGUUUGUGUCAUUGAAUAAACAGUAUUUAACCGUCAACAGUCGUUAGUAUCAGGCGGUAUGAACAAAAUCUUAUAUCACAGGAACGGUUUAUAUCACAGAAUGUUUUUUUCCCCUGUAAAUUUAAUUAAUGGCUUAAAAAUAACCCAAACUGUCGCAUUUGUUCAUUUUCCUUUUAUUUUUAAGCUAAGAUUUGUAAAAAAAUGCAAACAAAAUGUCAGACCAGUCUGGCGAUUUUUCAUCAUAUGGCGUACCUUUAGCGAAAGACUCUGCCAAGCUCUUUUGUAUGAGUGAAGCUGCUGCAGUUUUAGUUUUUGGUGCUGUGGGUGCACCUAUACGGAUAUUAUAUAAUAUACGGAAACACACCCAAACGGAUGCGCUCCGGCUUUCCUGUUAGUGAGCGCAGAUGACUACACACUGACUCAGAGAGACGCAGCAGACAUCUGCGAUAUAAACAGUAUAGAAAAAAUUUCUACCGGUAGACACUUUUAUACCGUCACACAGUUUAUACCGCCUUACCGCCCAACACUCACAGUCAUCAUGAUGAGAUUUUGUUUUUGUCAUACUACUAAAGCUUUUAAAGGACAAGUUGAGUAAAGACUGCCGUAUCCACAGGGGGCGCUAAAGUCGACACAAACUAAAAGUUCCCCAUAGGAGUUUUGAUAUUUAUAUUCUAGGGUUUUUUUAAUCGCUAACCUCAACUGCCAAAUUAUUCAAUCAAAACAAAAUGCAUUCAGUAGAUUUUAUAUCAUUUUGAUAUAUAUUUUGUAAGGUUGUCCUGAAAAGUUAAGGCAAAAAAAGGGCUGAGAUUUGCACUGAUGUGAAAAAUUUGAAAAUGAGAAAAAAACUACAUUUCUAGUGUUUAGGUAAAAUUGACUAAUAUUAGGGUCAGCUUAAUGCAGGGGUUCCCAAAGUGGACCGUGCGCAGGGGGGACGCGACAAGGCUAAAUAAAAAUAAUGCACAUAGUUUUGCACUGCUAACCACGGCAAACGUCAGCGGACCUCUGGGAAAACGCAAGGGCGACAACAAGGCUACAUCAAAACCAAGUACCGAUCAAAACUGGACUUUGAAAAUGAACUGAGAGUGUCGGUUUCACAGCUGCACCCAAGACUGGGGAAGAUCUGUGGCACUAUAACUACUGACUUAUUUUAGGGCUGAAAGAAUAUAUUUUAAAGAUGUUACUUAAGUUUUUAAAUCAUUCAACUUCAGAAAUGCAGAAUUUUAAAAAAUGGUUAAAAGGUUUUGCUGUUGUUUUUUCUACAAAACUUUACAGUUUCAUUGUAGUAAAUUGGAAAAACAAUCGCAGCUUGUGACAGAUGAUGUGUUUUUCAUUUACAUGUUGAUGUGUAAAGUCAGGGUUCGGGGGGGCUGAAACAAUUUUUAUCUGCCAAAGGGGGGCCUGGCAGAAAAAGUUUGUGAACCACUGGGUUAACGGCUGUUUUUCUGACUGUUACUUACAGCCUUUUUUUCACGAAUAGAGCUGAACAGGUAUUUCCUUUUCUACCUAAGUUGGUCACAUGAUAGUAAGUCCUUAGACCUCCCCACAGCUGAUUGUUAAAGUCAGCUGAUGUGGCUGAAAACUUAAAAUGAAUGAAGAGUUAUUUUGUCCUUGCUGCUCUUCCUCACGUUUAUUGAAAGUGUGUUUUUUUAUCGUUUUUUUUAGUGGUGAAAGUUUAUUAACACAUAUGAUUUAGGAGACAUUGUUUUAUUUAACAUGCAAAGUUUAUCAUGAAAGUAAAGGAGUAUUCCGCGACCUUCUCAACAGUAUCACAUCUGAUAUGACUUACAGUAAACAACACGUAACUCUGCCCUUUAAAAGCACAGCACUGGCAGGCAGCUCUCCACUGUAUCAGGCGAAGUAAACUGCAACAUCUCAAGGCCACUUAGCGGACUUCCUCUAAUCCCGUCGUUAGUUGUUUUAGCCCCCAAAAGAGUCUGUUUUUACACUUGGCCGUGUUUGAAGUCGGGGAGCGGGUGCUGACCUCCCCCAUCUGCUCCUCCUGGCUCUAAAGCCUCUCCUCUUACCCCGACACGUCAGGCCGCAUUACCCUGAGACACACCAGGCCUCCAGUUGGCAGCAAUUGGGGUUUCGAUCAGAAUGAUUUCUUUCACAAACAAUCAAAUUGGUUAAAAUGUUUCAUCUGGUUCACAAACCACUAACAACCCCAUCAUUCCUCUGCUGGAUGGACUUUUUUCCUCCUCCUCUCUCUCUCUUUCUUUCUCUCUUUCUUUGCCACCCUCCUCUCCCCGCCUAUCUCUCACUCUUUCUGUCUUUGUCUGUCUUUCAUUCCCACUCUCUGCUCCAUGUUAUUGGGGAAUGAGCUCAUGUUGUUCUAAUUUUACAUGCUGGCGACUCUCUCCGCUCGUCUUUUUCGCCCUCUUUUAUUCUUCAAACUCUCUCCGUUAAGAGCUUUUACCCGAGCGGGGAGAUAAAGAGCGACAUGCUGGCUGAUUUCCAUCGGCCACUUAUCUCUGCAUGAUGGGCUUGUGGAAAUCAGAUCCCUGAGAGUUUAUAAUGAGAAUAACAAACCCUGCUGUCUACAAGUUGAAACACUUCCCCUCUGCGGCCUCCAGGGGGCGGUAGAGUUGUAUCUAUGGGGAGUGAAUGCACAGUGGCAGGGCUGCAAAUGAACUUAAGAGGAGAAGAGGACAGCUGGAUUGGCUUUUUCGAGUUUAUUUUGCUUUGAUUACAGAAAGUGGAAAGUGUUGUGAUGCUGUUGUGACCCGCUCUGUAAUUUAUCUGCGGCAUGUGGGUAAACCGUAGUCAGCAGGAGUUAUUUUCCUCAUCGACAGGCGUAAUAUUUGAUUGAAUCUGAGAGGUUAAAUCCCCUCCUUGGACUCUCUUUGGCCAGUGAGAGUCACUGCAAUCAUGUGGAAACAUCUGCUCGUGCGUGUCCGCGUACAUGCGUGUGUGUGUGUGUCUUUAAUACUGUAAAUGUUACUCUGAACAGUCACUGAUGUUGUUUACCAGCUUUACUUUUCUGUAUGUUUACAGACGGCCAUCUGCUUUACGUUUCAGGGGAUCAUACAUGCAUCUUAAGUGAAAUGGGUUGCUUUAAGAUGCAGUUUGUGUAGGGGAGGUGAGCUGUGCAUGCUCAACUGUUGUGUUACGUUAGCCGAAAGUGACAACAAUGGCAUUUCCUCUCUCUCUCCCCACAAAUAUUUAGCCGUGCAACAAUCAGAGAAAAUCACUGACAGGCUGAGCCGGGGAGGGAAAACUGCAGCUAAUCAAACAGCGAAUCGACGGUCAGGUUUUAACACUUUUUAAAAACCUCUUUGUCUUUGGCACAGAAAUGGUUGUUUGUUGUUGGUCUCAUACAUCCGAACUCUGUUAGUAUGACAUUUUCACCAAACAGAUAACGUCAUUUGUUUUCUAAUUGAAGACUUUUUUUCUUAUCCUCUAUGGGAGCAAAUCCAAAACAGUCAGUUGGUGUUUAAGUAUAAAUUAUCUUUCUAAAAUUAAUCUAAAACACGUUACAAGCUGAGAUAACCUUUUAAACGACUGUCUUUUGAUUGACCUUAUGUUAUAUUUCAGAUUGCUGCACAGAAAUCAAACAAAUACUUUCUCAUCUGCAGUAAUUUGAUAAAAUAUUCACCAAAGUUCAGCAAAUUUCUCUGUAUUAUUAAAUCAUUGUAGGAAAAGACAACAUCGAAAUAUUUGAUUAUUUAUCUUAAAAAGUCUUAGAACGACUAAAAAUCCAAUUAUUUAAUAUUUAAGGCCUUAAAAUGUCUAAAAUUCUCUUAAAAUCUCAUAAAAAGUCUCAGACACAAUUAUGAAAGGUCUUAAAAAUGUAUUAACUUAACUUACAAAUGAAUAACAGGCCGUUUGAUUAAAGAUUGAUUUUAGUGUUGUUAAAUGUUUAAAUCUUCUUUAGUCUUUUGUACUUUUUCGCCAGUAUGGAUGUAAAAUGGGUCUUAAAAAGUCUUAAAAAUAUAUUAAUUUAACUUACAAAUAAAUAACGUGCCAUCCGAACAAAGAUUAAUUUUAGUAAUGUUUAAUGUUUAAAUCUACUUUCAUGUCUUUUGUACUUUUUCGCCAGUAUGGAUGUAAAAUGGGUCUUAAUCUGCCCUCAUCACAGUCUUAAAAAGUCUUAAAAAGUCUUAAAAAUGUAUUAACUUAACGUACAAAUGAAUAACGUGCCGUACAAAUAAGGAUUAAUUUUGGUAAUGUUUAAAUCUUCUUUUAUAUCUUUUGUACUUUUUUGCCAAUAUGGAUGUAAAAUGGGUCUUAAUCUGCCCACAUCACAGUCUUAAAAAGUCUUAAAAAUUCUUAAAAAUCUAUUAACUUAACUAACAAAUAAUUAACGUACAAUACAAAUAAGGAUUGGUUGUAGUACUGUUUUAAUCUUCAUGUCUUUUUUGCUUUUUUCCCAGUUUGGAUCUAUAAUGGGUUUUAAAAAGUCUUAAAAAAGGUUUAAAUUCGACUCGUUUAAAUCUGUAAUCGGUGUACAAACAUCGCUGAGAUUCACGCUCUGAAGUGUUUGUUCUUCCAGUUUGUUUUUCUUAUUAGUCAACAGGUGGGCCCCGCGUUAAUCUCCUGUAAAGGUCCCUGACUGAGCUAACCGUGUUUACUUAGGCUAGUUAAGACAAGUCAUCGAGGAGAAGAGAGGAAAGGAUUUUAUCACGCAGAGAUUCGGUCUGGAGCGCUAACUGUAAGUUUGAUAAAAGAUCGAGUAGUCAACAUGAUAUCAAAUGAACACCUUCUUUAUUUAUGACCAAAACAUGUUUGUUGUUUGAUUUUCUUCUUUUACAGAGACGCCUGGAGGUUAAGCUAACUGUAGUUAAACAUUUAAACAGUAACUCAAACCCUCGCAUGCAUCGAUAUGACGCUGACGUGUUAUUAUUCGAGUCUGGAUGCCCUGUUUUCAGUAAGCCAGCAAGAUGACAGAGGUUUUAUUAAAGAGGUUGUCAUUACCCUUCAAUUUAAGACUUUAUUGACUUUUUUGUGUUUUUAAAAAAGCUUGAAAUAUUUAAAUUCAGUUUUAAGAUCAUAAGAAACAUGUCUGUGUCGUUUGUGAAAAAAUGAAUAAAGGUAAAUGUUUUGUUUUAAAAAAGGAAAUAUGACACAAACAGUAAUCCCCAGCUGGAGUUCCCCACAGACAGAAACACAGAAACAAGCACCGGAAAAAGCUACAGCGUCCACUCAGCCUCUGGACUUAAGUUCCAAUUUGGAGCCCGAGGACAGCGCUGCCGUGUUUCCGCUCCCCGCGCUCUCCCCGCUCUCCGAGUUUGAUCCCCCUUUUUAUAUUCAGUGAGGGGCGCCCUCUCCUCCAAAUCUCCCUCAAGCCUCUGCCUCUCGUUACGGGCCUCGCUCUGCUUGUGUUCAAUAAGUUGUCCUACAACUAAACCUGAGCCCCUGGGUAAACCAAAGUCUCGGAGCCGUCCCCCCUCUCUUUCUGCUUUACACACACACAUUGAGACACACACACACACACUCCUGUCUCACUCUCACAGCUUUUAGAAAUACAUGCCGAUGUCUGUUUUUUGGAGCUGAAACUCCAACAAAAACUGCAAACACGGAUGGGUGUAAAUUGCAUAAUCCAAAAACAGAUUUUAAACAUUUUAAUUCUGCAGGUUUUGGAGGGUCGAGUGGUUCAGAACGACCCGCUGAAGAGUUUUAGUGUCAAAAUGUGAAAGUUUAAGCUAAUUCGUGUCUCUUCUGUCUUCGUACACAUGUGUACAUUAUCCCCCCGGUUAAUCGGCUCAGAGGUGUUCAGUUCCCACCUCCGUCUCCAAACUGGAACUUUCCCUGGGAACUGGAGGCGUCCCGCAUUCAUCUGGUCUUGUGAAAAAUGGCUGGAGGGAAGCGGCGAGGUGUGGCGCCCAAACGGAGGUGGUUAGAUAAUCUGGCUAUCAGUCGGUGGGUAAGCUAAGAUGGCCCUGACGUCUGCUGCCUUUUGACGAGCCCGCUGUCUUUUUAAGCCCUGGCUGCUCACGCUGCACUUAAUGACAGGGUUUGCAUAAGUCGGCCUUAACGCCGCGCUCGAGCAUUACAUGACACUCUUUACAUAAAUAGGCGCUGACUUGCACGGACGUUGCUAACACAGGAUAUUAGUCACUUAAUGAGUGUGUCAGAGUAUCAAAUUGAAGCUCCUCCAUGUUAGCUUGAGAAGAUUAGGAUCUUACACACACAAAGCGGAGCCCUUGACAUGAAAAGGCUUGGCUGCUCCGCUUCAUGAUUAUCAAUAUUUAGCUUUAAGUUAUACGUCAACUUAGCGGGCAGCCUCGUCGGCCAGCUGGAGAGCAGUUUUGGAAAGGAGAGAAACGAGGCGUAAGAGGUGUGGUCGUCAUCAUCAUCAUCAUCACCACCACCACCAGGGCUGUGCAGUUCACAGCGUUCUCGCUUUCCCCCCGCGGAGGAGCGAAGGCUUCAUCGCGGGGUAAUCACCGGGUAGUCCUGGUGGUGGUGUGUAACGGAGGAGAGUCUUCAUGUGUGUGUCGGCGCAUAUCUGAGUGUAUCCCAAGUGUGCGAUAUGUGCGCUCAUACAUGCAUGAGUGUGCAUGUGUGAGUCUGUCAGAGGCUAGUUAAGAGUAGGCACAAUCUGCAUGCACUUAGUCCUGGCAAGGCAGAGCAGGCGUUUCUAAGCCCCUGGACCGGGCGGCGGUGGAAAACCGAUCUGUAAAUAACAGACACAUGUGUUUGAAACUGAGUCCUGCGCUCCAGCCCACGGCCGCAACGAAAGAGAGAGCGAGAGAGGGAGAGCAAGACCGCUCCGCUCCGACGUCAAAUUGUCUCAUCCAGUGUUGUAUGACAAUCAUGCUGUAAUAGCUCCAAAUCGGCCCCUCAGAGGCGGGUAUGUGGAGAAAGGGGCACAGCGGGGGUCUGCCCACGGGUGUUUCUGAUUAUUUGAGAUGGAGGUCUGGGUAGUGUCAUGUCAAAUUAGCUGAGUCUGACAGCUACAGCGUGUUGGGCUGGUCGGAGAGAGCGCCCAGCUGGAUGGAUGGAUGGAUGGGUGGGGAAGUGUGGCGCGUUCAACACAAACGGUGCAAACAAAGACGUCUGAGAGACAGAGCCCUUGACCUCUGUUGACAUAAGACCUCAGCUGAGAGUCCAGGGACAGUUUGAGUUCCUUGUUUGGCCCAAGUGGAGGCCGCUGGGUUGACCUGCAGGUGACUGACAGGCGUAGCACUGCCACUUCGCCAGCAUUGUGUCUCCCUGCUCUCCUUACCGCCCCCUGAGGGACCUCCACCUGUGAGAGAAGGCCGAUGUAGGCCACCGUUUUUCAGGCUUUUAAAGGAUUUCAAGCUCUCUGGACAUCCAACUCCAAUUCAUUUGUGGAGAGAGAUUACAGCUCCUCUCUGGUUUUCACCCCCACAAAGAGCUCACGUUGCAUCGGUCUAAACUCGACAUCUUCUGUUUCACAUUUGGACGUUCCUCCAAAUUGUGUUUUGCUCUUCGGUCCAUUCGACUCCAACAGGGUUAGAUCCGCUCAUGUGAUUGGUCAGGGACUACUAUGGGACUCCUCUUGGUUAGAGCUGUGAGUUUGGAUGACGACAAUUAAUUUAAAUUAUCAAAAUGCACUUUUUUCUCAGUAGUGUUGGAAAACUUUUGAAUGCCAUGAGCCGGAUUCUGGGAGGGGAAAGUUCUGAAAUCAAAACUGAACCAAAGUUUUUCCUUAUGGAUCGAGAGUCGAUGUUCCUCCUGCCAGAGUUUGGAAAUCUUUGGAAAUACGUCAAAACUAUCAGAGCAGAGGUUCAGGUUGCAGACUUGUUAUAAUCUCAGUGAAUUGUCUGUUUUGGUUUGUGAUAGUGUGUCUUAGAAAGUGGUCUGACCCAGUUGGCAGACAGAGCGUGUGGUGUAACAAGGAUUCCCUCGUGAAUGAAGACGGAGGUAAACCCAUUAGUCCCACAUACUGGUCAAGGCCAGGAGUCUGGAAACAGUUCUCAUCUACGCCGUUUCUCAUACAUCGACCAGUAUCCUCAAAAUUUACCGCAAACUGUACUAAUCUAUGGAUAACGAAUUCAGGAAUCACGAAUUAUGACGACUUCAUUAGAGAGAUAUCUUUAUCGUGUCAAAGUCCGUCAUUAUUGGUUGACUAUAGUGUCAAGUAUUUUAUUCAUAGACUGUAUAUAGAAUUGACGCCGUCUGUCUCCUUGCUGGGUGGAGCCACCGCGAGAACAGCACCCUCUGGUGACGGGCCCAAGUGGAACACGUCUAAUCGCGUCUUUGCUCUGACUUUAAAUGGAUUUCACUCGCAGAUUUGAUUUUACUCGCGCCUGAUGUGAACCAAAGACUGUAUAUUCUAUGGUCAACUUGGUUCCGCCUUCCGUCGGUAGACCGAUUUGAAGCUGAAAAGCUGUCGGUAAUUCCGCAUUUUUUUCUCCACUUCCUGUACACACUGCGGUACUUGCGCAGUAGCAUUGUGCGCAUUCGGCGGGAGAGUCGCUGUGAUGAUGCACAGCUCAAACAGCGUAUCCCCCCCCCAAUCUUCAUACGCCCAUAGGCUGUAUCAAGUGUCAAUCGUAGAAAACAUGAACCCCCUAAUAACUUUUAAAAACGGAGCCGCACAGAAAAAAAGAGGACUUGAGCACAAACCAGUCUUACAGUAACUACAUGUCAACAUCACAACCAGGGGGGAGAAAAAUUUAUAUUCUGUGUGAUUAAUUUCUAAAGUUUGUCCACAGCUCCAUAGGGAUUGCUGGAGGAGGCGAGAUUUAUGACCUAUACUGCAGCCGGUCACCAGAGGGUGCUGUUCUCACAGUGGCUACACCCAGCGAGGAGGCAGACGGCGUCUAUUCUAUAUACAGUCUAUGGUGUGAACACAAAGUCAGAGUUUUGGCUUCAUUUCAGGCAGCUCUUGUUCUGUCCAGUUAUGACUAAAACAAGUCGUUUAAUUACAUUUCAUAUCAGCUAGACUUUUGUUAAUAAGUCUGCGCGAGUAACUCUUCUCUACCUUCAGCACUUUAAACAUUUCUGUCCGAUAAAACAGCGAGAGAGUCUGAAGGAACGGGGUAUGUUUAAAGUUUGUGCAGGAAUCCUGAGGUGUUCACACUGAAUCCUUUUAGCUGUCACUCAUGUUCUUCAGCUGCAGAUUAUCCGGAGGUGAGAGAGAAAGAGAGAGAGACUCAAACAGAGAGAAAAGGGGGACAUGUUCAAACAACACCUGACAUGACAGGCUGCUUAACCAUCUCCAUUAGAGCCAAUGAGGAGUGAGAAAGAGCAGACCGCCUCAGACUCCAAAUUGGUGCCAGUGGGGUCAAGUUGCAGGAAUAUGCCAAUUACUUAAAUUGAUCAGGAGACUGUUUCCUUGAUAACCAAUUUGAUCAAGCUGCUGGUCGUGUUACAGCCGCCACCGCCGUGCUGCACGGGCACAGAACAGGACGCACGCCAAAAUGGCUUAACGCAAUUUCUUCAGCAGAGUAAUUCGGUUUCGUCAUGUCAGGUGAUGGACGUGUCCGAAGCCUCGGCCCGUAAACAAUGGCUGUUCAGUUGAUUUAAUUAGACAGGGAGGAAGUAUUUAGGGGCUUAAUUGAGAUUGCAGAGGGAAAUUGCUCUGAAAUAGCUCGACCUGAUUUUUUUCCUCCUUCACCGUGGGCAUGACGAGGGAUUUCACUCUCCUCUUUGUAGAUAAUUAGAAUAACCAUAAUCACUCCCUCGAUGGCCUGUGAUUGGAGAGAGGCGCAUGCCAAAGUCCAAAUAUGAAGAGUGUGUGUGUGUGUGUGUCUGCGUGCUGUCUGCUGUCUGCUGCUGCUGACGGGGACGACUGUGUGGAAGUAUGCACAUACAUGCCUUCAUGAGGGGGGCUCUGUGUGCACAGGGGGGGCCGCCGCCUCUCAGACUCUGCAGACUCAGACGAUUCAGUCAGAAAGUCCAAAUAUGUGCAGAUAUCUCACAGAUCAGUUCAUCAUCUUGACUCAUUUGUUGAAGAAAAUGUUUUGAAACGUCUCUUUCCAAAACUGAAAUGGAAAUAUUUCAGGUUUUCUUCGAUGUUCAGUGAUUUUUAAAUGAAUGUUGGCGAAGUUUGGAGUUUCUAUCCGACAGAUAAUCCAGGGAACAAAACAUUUUUGACCAUCGACUUUCAGUUUAUAGAGAAGUCUCUUAUGAGGAUUUUACUAUGAUUGAAUUUAGUUUAUAGAGAAAUUGAUUGAUGAGUGUUUUUCCUUUUUCUCAAAAAUAAAGAUAGAGGGGACAAAAGGGAACAAAGGAACACAGGGGGCAGUUCUUACUACUUUUUUGGCAAGUGUUUACCAAAGAGGAGUCUGUUAAUUAAGCUUCAAGCUCCUUAAACAUUGUCCAUUUCCUCCAUUUUUGAUGAGAGGUAGACGUCUCCAGCCUCAAGUGGUAAGUUAGACUUUUCAUGGUAUAAAUUUGGCCCAUAAUGUCCAUCCACUGUCCCAGCAGCGGGCGUUCAGUUUUCACCUCGACUAAAUAAACAUCUCCUUGUUCUAUAUACAUGGAUUUGGGAUCUCUUUAUAUAAUAUAGUGCAGAAUUUUUCCCAGAGUCCCAGAAAGGGUGUAUCUUUACACAUGACCAGAAAAUAUGAGUAUGAGCGGCGUCUCCAUGGCCACACUGCCUAUAUACCAGUAAUGUGUGGCGUUAGAAAGAAGCGAGAUAAAUUCUUCCAUCCAGUUUCUAACCUUUUUAGUAAAAAUAGAUGUGUGGUGUGUGUUUUAACAUCUGCAGCGUUGGGGGAAAUGAUUGAAUAAAAAGUCUCUUAUGAGGAUUUUACUAUGAUUGAAUUUUCUUGCUUACUGUCAUUCGCGUGAAUGAAUUACAUGUUAAGUCAAUGCAAAGAUGCGAUUAGAUGCUCGUACUACUCUGGUGGCGAGAAUGAUGUGAAUUGGGCGGGAGCUGAGAAAGUCUCAAUUUGAGCGAAUAUCUGUGGCCGGCAGGAUAACUGUUUUUGUCAGGAGACACCACACUGCUUUGUCCACAGGGGGGCGCCACAACGAACACAAACAGAAAGUUCCUGACAGGAGCUUUAAACUGCCCCUAACUUGACUGUGUAUGCUGCACUAAAUACCAAUAUUAUUAUUAUCACAGUAUGAUUGUUUAUCCUCGAGGGGAAAUUUGAUUUAAAAAAAUACUGCGAUUAACAAACUGUCAGUAUAAAAAUGUGUCACUUCAAGAGAGGCAUCUAUCUUCAAAUUUCUGCAGAUACAAAAUGUAGAAAAACAUGUUGAAUAAUUAAAGAGGUCAAGGGUCAGGUCUGUUGGGCGUUAAGUCGACCUGCUGGCAGCGCUACAGCUAAUCUAGCAAAUUAAAAAAUGAAAAACAAAUCCAGAAGAAAGUUCAGUCAUGGUCAUAGCCAUGCUUCACUUCCUGUUUCAUGUUUUUUCUUUUAUUAAUUUGUUUGUUUUUGUUUUUGUGUUUUCAGGCGUUUGGCUUCAUGUCUCGUGUUGCUCUGCAGGCGGAGAAGAUGAACCAUCAUCCAGAAUGGUUUAAUGUUUAUAAUAAGGUAAAAACACCGCUGCUCCUCGUGAUUAGAUAGAUUUGUGUAUUUUAGCCUCUGUUACAGAAAUCAAACUUUAGAUUUAUCACAAUCUGUGGACAGAGUGAAAUCUCUGAACCCCGGAUGAAGUCUGAUUUUUGAUGUCAAACAAUCACGGCUGCUUCUGGAGAGCUGAGAGAAACACUCAGUUUGUCACACAGAAAAAAAAAAACAUAGCUUCUUGUCAUAAUCCCGUCGUUUUUCUUUUGGAAAGCUCUGCAAAUAUCUCUGCCUCAUCUCCACACAGUCCCCCAACACUCACUCUCCCCGCCUCAGAAAUAAAGUAGCGGUUGAUAUGACAAACUGAGUCCCUGAAAAUCUCUCCGCAUUAGGCUGCAGCCACUGAGUUAGUGUGUGGUGGACCGGGCCGCUCCAACAGGAAUGCUGCUCCUAAUCCACUCAUUAUUAAAGUGGCUGCAGCACCGGCCUACAGGUCUCUGGGCCCCCGCAGCACUUUCCACCAGACACUUUCUCACAAAUCCCACUCAGAGUGAGCUUCAGCCUCGGCUAAAAACAUGAUCUGUGCUGAGCUUCUGCUAAUGUUCGAUUAAUUUGUCUGCGUGCUCCACUCUGUUCCCCCUGAUCCGAGUUUGAAGAUGUGAGUUUACAAACAUACUCACCGGGGGACUCAGCUCAUUGGCUGAAUCGAACAUCAGUGGGCGGAGCCAAAAAAACACGUCCAAGUUAGAGCGACUGCGUCUGUCUCAGUUCAUGACUGUUAAAAAGAUACUUUCUGUGUGAAUUUGUGACGUUUAGGAAAGGAUUGUUAGAUUUAACCUUCUGAAAACUCUGAAUGUUGCUGACUGCUUGCUUCUCUAGUUAUACCAACUUUAGUAACGACCACAAGAUAGUUGAUCACCGAGUGCAGCGGGGUUUCGCAGCUCAAGGAAGAACAUCUAUGAUUAUUACUUCAUGGAAAUUUUUUUAUGAAAAUGGCAUUUUGGCAUUUUUAUGAAACAAGCUAAAUUCAUCAGUUUCUAUCUCUGUAUUGUCAUUUUGAAUACCUGUAACUGCAGUGGAGGGGGUGGGUACACUGAGGUAACAGUCUGAGUCACUUUACCAUUAGCAGGUAUUAACAGAGAGUGAAACGAAUUGUUUUCUAAAUAUUCGUCCCUAAAACGAAAAUGAAAAAAAAUAAUAAUAAUGGCACAUUUUCUGAUUCCCAUUUUCUUCAGCUCAAAUGAAAAUGGGACAAAUUGGUCAUGAAACUUUCUGAAGACGAAAAAGUCGAAAUCAGAUCAAACCGUUGUUAUCCAUUUAUCCUAUUUUCAUUGGAAGAAAACUGAAAUCAGAAAAUGAGCCGUUAUCUGUUUUUUUGUUUUAUUUUAAAGACGAAUAUUUUAGAAAAUAAUUUGUUUUCUCCUUUUUUUUAUUUUUGGUUUUAUUUUGAAAAUUGAAUGAACGAAUAAUACACGGAUUGUGACACACGUUCAUGUAAGAGGGCAGAAGAGGAAUAUUUUGAGUUUAUUGAUCUUCAUCUUCUCAAUAUGAUCACUUCUCGUCAUGCACUGUUAUCUGUCCAUGUAUUUAUUUCUAAUUGAACCUUUUCCUGUCGUUUCUUUGUAACUGAAUCGAUGUGUUUUUAUGCUGACAGGUCCAGAUUACACUAACCACUCAUGACUGUGGAGGACUUUCAAAACGGGACAUCAAACUGGCGAAGUUUAUCGACAAAGUUGUGCUUUCAAUGUGAUAUUUCUGUCAAUAUUCAGACAGUUUGAUUAACAAGCUUAGAGUCCAAAAACGACUCUAUUAAAAAUACUUAAAUCUCUGGGAUGGACGUGAAUCAAAUCUAUUAAAGAAUUUUCUUUUUUUCUUUUUUUUGUACAAACUAAUAAAUUAAAAGUGAUUUUGUUCAAAUCUGCGUCUCUUCUCUGAUUCCCCUGGCCUGUAAGAAACAAAGACUCUUUAUGUGAACCCUGAAUUUUCUUUGACUCUAAAGAAAAUGAUGAAAAAUGUGCGUUAUGACAGUAAGAGCUUCAAGUUUGAGUUUUCUUCCAAGUAAACAUCUGGAAGUAUCUACGACA